UGCUGGACCCAAGUUCUGUGGAAGUUCCCUGGCCCGGGGGACACAGACAGCUCCUCUCUCAUCUCCCUUCUGCAGACACCUGCACUGGGUAAGGCACAAGGAGAAAUGUAAGAGUGCAGCUCUGGGAAUUGAUCUUUCUGGCAGAAGUCCUGUGGACCCACCCCAGCACUGAACAGACCAGUUGAAAGGAAAGAGAAGCACUCAGUAACAUUCCUGAGGGAGCAGAGGAACUCCAGCUGCUCAGGAACUGCAAGGAUUGGUGUCACCCACUUGCAGGGAACAGGCAGAAAUACAGAGCCCUGCCAGCAGCGGGGAUGCUCAGCUACCUGCGGGAGCGCUUCGCCAGCCGCCUGCGGGAGCGCGGCCGGCGCCGCGCCAGGCUCGUCUCCAAGGACGGAAGGUGCAACAUCGAGUUUGGCAACGUGGAGCAGUCCCGCUUUGUCUUCCUGAUCGACAUAUGGACAACCAUCCUGGACCUCAGGUGGAGGUACAAGAUGACCAUCUUCAUCUCGGCCUUCCUGGGCAGCUGGUUCCUGUUCGGGCUGCUCUGGUACGUGGUGGCCUACAUCCACAAGGACCUGCCCGAGUUCAACCCCUCCAUCAACCACACCCCCUGCGUGGAGAACAUCAACGGCCUCACCUCCGCCUUCCUCUUCUCCCUGGAGACCCAGGUGACCAUCGGCUACGGCUUCAGGUGCGUGACGGAGCAGUGCGCCACCGCCAUCUUCCUGCUCAUCUUCCAGUCCAUCCUGGGCGUCAUCAUCAACUCCUUCAUGUGCGGGGCCAUCCUGGCCAAGAUCUCCAGGUCCAAAAACCGGGCCAAGACCAUCACGUUCAGCAAGAACGCCGUCAUCAGCAAGCGCGGGGGGAAGCUGUGCCUGCUGAUCCGCGUGGCCAACCUGCGCAAGAGCCUGCUGAUCGGGAGCCACAUCUACGGCAAGCUGCUGAGGAGCACCGUCACCCCCGAGGGGGAGACCAUCAUCCUGGACCAGGUCAACAUCGACUUCCUGGUGGACGCUGGCAAUGAGAAUCUCUUCUUCAUCUCGCCCCUCACCAUUUACCACAUCAUAGACAAGAACAGCCCCUUCUUCCACAUGGCAGCAGAGACCCUCCUGCAGCAGGACUUUGAGCUGGUGGUGUUUUUGGACGGCACUGUGGAGGCCACCAGCGCCACCUGCCAGGUGAGGACAUCCUACAUCCCCGAGGAGGUGCUCUGGGGGUACCGCUUCGCUCCCAUCGUGUCCAAGACCAAAGAAGGGAAAUACAGAGUGGACUUCCAGAACUUCAGCAAGACUGUGGCUGUGGACACCCCGCACUGUGCCUUCUGCCUCUACAACGAGAAGGAAGCCAAAGCCAAAGAGAAGAAAGGUUAUGACAAUCCUGGCUUUGUUUUGUCUGAAGUCAAUGAAACCAGCGACACAAAAAUGUAGUGCCAGGUAUUCAUGGGACUGAGUUUUCAGAGAAAAUUAAGUCUUGAGACAAUUAAUAAAUAACUCAGUAAAAGAAAACAGAAACACAGGUGUGGGUUUGCUCUAACCCAGCAUUUGUUUUCUCAAAAGCCUCCAAUCAAAGAGGAGCAGCAUACCGGUGAUCACUAUUUAACUACACUAUAUAUAUUUCACAGAAUUUAUAUUUUUAUAUCUAUGGGACAUUUAACGAAGCUGCUAUGUUGGAAUGUCCAACUCACCGAAGUUUUUGGGUGCAUGCAAAGGUAAGCCUGAGAAGAUGGAAAGAAAUUUCAGGACAGUAAAGACACGCAGCUGCUGGAAGGAGAAUGUGAAAAGGUGAGACAGAAGGCAAAGCUAAGGAAACCUAAGAGACUUAGGAGCCAAAACCUCAAAAAAAAAUUCUGGUUGCCAAAGUCCUCUAUGAAAACAGACUGUCUGGCCCUGCAACUUGAGCGCCUUUGAAUGCUCUGAAACAAUUCCUUCCCUCUUUCUUUGGGACUGCUGCAGCUGCAGGACAGAGCAGUAAGGGGUGGGACAACCUUAGGAAAUAGAGAAGACAGAGCUUGGGCCAAGCUGCUGCAUCUCCAACUCCAAAAUGUGACUUCUCCCCUCUGAAAGCCUUUGACUCUUUUCAGGGGAAAAGAGCCAAAUGGAAAUGAAAACUGAAAAACCAAGAAGCAGAGACCCACUCUGGGACAAAAGAAAUGUUGCAGCUUAUUCCCAGCUGCCCCAGCCUUCAGAUGCUCUUCACUGCCCCAGGAGCUGCCUGGAUGGGGAGCAGGGAAACAGCUCUUCAGAAAGGUGGGGAGAUGGAGAGCACAUUGAUUCCUUCACACCUGGCAGAAAGCACUCCACUGGGAGAAGAGAGGAAAUUCCCAGCUCUGGAUGUAUCCUUCCAAAAAAUCCCCAAUGCAAACUGAGAUUAUCUUCCCCUUUGAAGCACAAAGGUCUUGUUCAAACAAAAACACAGCCCAGGAGCCUCCUACCAACAUUUGGCUUCAGAUUUGGCUCCAAACUGUUCAUCUCCCCACAGCCAAAUGUGCAUCCCUACAGGAAACAAGGUCUGCUCAGUGGGAGCUGAGUAGUGCUGAACAUUUUCUGGGAAUGAUUUUUGACACAAAUGAAACAAGAAGCUUCCGUACUUUUUUAGUGAAUUUCUACUUCCUCAUAGUCAGGUUCUUUUUUUCCCCAAUUCAUUCUGUUACUGAGAGUUCUAGUGGCAGACCAAAGAGGUUUUGGAAACUCUUCCCCGUGAUGUAACUCAGCUCAUCAAUUUUCAAUGCUGUGGUAAAAUGGAAAUAGUGUUAAAAGCUGCUGGACUAAGUGGUUUUAAAAGAAGGGGAGAAUUCAGCAGGUCAGAUGAUGCCAAGAGAAAGUUGUGCUGCAAAUGAGCACAGUGUGAGUAUGGAAAUCAAACUCUGGGAACCAGGAGCGUUCAGGUUCCAGUCCCAGUGUAGUGUGAACUCCUCUCUUGGGUCUGAACAAGUCACUUUACUCUGUAUCUCUGGUUUGCCAACUGUAACACAGAACAUAAACACUGACAUUGUACAGAGAGCGAUGUUAUGAACAAUUAUGUCACUAAAGCACUUUAAAAGCCAAUUCUCAAUCUUUCCUCAGUGCACCAUUGUCACACCCUUCUCCACCUCUGGAUGGAAAGGUCAGCACACAAAGUUCUGCUCUCAUCACACAUCAGAGCUACCAAAAGUGGCUGCACCAGGCCAGAACUAUGAAUAGAGAAGCAGCAGUGAGACCCUUGAGGUAACUCACAGACACUGCUUGAUAUUUUAAUUGUGCUGGAUUGCAGCCUUGCAAACCAAGUGUAAAAAAUACAGUUCCAGUCACCACAGCACCUUAAUGUCCCUCACAUAAUCAGCUUGGAAGGACAGUUCUGACCCCCCCAGAAAAAAAACAUCAAGGAAUCUGAGCCAUGCACAGAAAGCUGGGAGGGAGCAGUGAAGUGAAAUGAUGUGUCCAGAGCCCCAGAGUGGUCUGAAGCAAAAGCCUGCUCCAUCCUUCCAGAGCUGCUGCUGCAUUUCCUCCCAAGGCUUCCUGUACAGCUCCCUGGGUGUAAUGCCCCCAAAAAGUGGCACUGGCAGUGCUCAAGGCUUACCAGCCACACCUCUUACUUCUGGAAGAAGCAAGACGCCUUUAAUAGAAGCAGAAAAAUUGUCACCACUGGACAAAAGUAUCAAGUCCAAGGGAAAUCCAUUUGAAAGGUGAACCUACACAGUGCCAUGAGGAGUCAGGGAAGAUUCCUGCUUUAAGGCCUGGUUUGGGAUGUUAGUGCUAGUGGGGAAGUAAAUCAAACACUCUGCAGUGCCUGUCCAAGAGGUGGUGCACACCCUCCAAGGCUUAGAGGGUCCCUAAACAAUGCACUUCCAGGUACUGCCCUUGGGAAGCCUCCUCAAAAUCCUGAACCUCAACGUUCUUCCUGAUGCCGUGAUGGAACCUCUUCCCUGUCUCUGCAUGUGAGCAUGAGGAUGUGUGUUCCAUUGCCAGGAGCAAGAAGUGCUGGCACAGCUCAAAGAGAAGACAGCUGAACCCCUGCAGGGGUGUCUGCCUGGUCUGCCUGUCUGCCUGGUGUCUUCCUGACAGUCACACCCGCCUUGGGACCUGCAACGCAAGGAAGCUGCACUGGGGAAGGUGACUGUGCUCUUUUGUGAGUUUUGGUGGAACUGGAAGGGACCCAGGAGCAGAGGAAAUCCAGGGGGGUGGAUCCAAAGCUGCCAGGGCCGUGGCUGAGCUACCAGGCUCCCUUAGCACGGGAUGGUGCUGGGAGCUGACUGGGAACCCCGGAGUGAGCCUCCCCCUGGUUGCCACCCCAGGGAGCCCUGCCAGCCCCACAGCAGCAGCAGAGAGAGCUGGGGCAGAGCCCAGCAGCAGCACAGCAAUGAGUGGAAUUUCCUCUGGCUGUCCAGGGAGAGCUGUUUGUCACUGGGCAGAUAAAGGCCCGGCCAGGAAGGAGGUUAUCGGGGACAGGCCACUCGGGACUCACGCCAGAGGAAAGCUAUUCUGGGGCUGUCACCCCUGCUGCCAUUAAAAGAAAGUUCAGUUAAGAGGAUGAAAAUAAAUUUAAUCUUGUUGAGCAGAAGUGGCUGGAGGGAACCACAGAGCCGAUACUGAAGACAAAGGCCGGGUUCUUUUCCCUGGCAGGGCUUUGUUUCUCCAGCUCUGCUCAAGCCUUGCAGGCCCCUGCUCCCUCGGGGUGUCCAUCCUGCCUUUGUCCCACAAACUGGGGCACCCAUGGAGCCAACAGCCUGGCCCGUGUGCUGCAAAGGUCUACGGAGAAAGUCCUGCCCCUUCAGGAGAGCAAACAGACCAUUCCUGCUGGAGUAAGGCCUAAAGGAUUUCCCUGGCAAAGCCAAGAAGCCAGGCUUGGGAAUAAUGUGUCUGCACUAAACUUAAUUUAUCUUCUCAUUUCACAAACAACAUGUUUCUUCUACUGUAUUUAUUUUAAACAUUCAUUCAAGCUGUGCAUAAUAUUUCAAUCAUUUUGAAAUAGAUUUACCCUCCUGCUGGCAAAUGAAUAAGGCAUCCUGCUGACUGCUGGAGAAAGGGCCAUGAAUUAAAAUAACUGCUUCUGGUAAACUGA